UCCUCUCCCUGCGGGCGGGAGGCGGAGGAAGGACAGCGGGGCUGCCCGAGGAUUUGGGGACGUUGUUGUUGUCGCUGUCGCUGCUCCGUGGUGCCCGCGCGUGUCCCUCGGUCCCCUCCGCGCACAGCCUGGCAUAAACAACGCUGCCUCUGGCCAUGUCAUGCCUUAAAAUAGAUGUUCCUACAUCAGCCUCUCUCCGGCGGCGGCGGCAGCAGCGAGACAUGGCCGACUGGAGCUGAUCCCGCUGCCUUCGUGCCCCGGCUCCCGGCCCUCGCCAAGGACCGUGGGUGGCAGCAGCAGCAGAAGUGACCCCCAGGCCCCUGUCCGGCCUCCCCGUCCCCACAGGCAUGCCUUGUGGCUCUGGGCAGCUCCCAUGGCUUUCCUGUCCAGGUUCUACAGGAACAGCAGCAGGUCCCCGAGCCGGGCCCCGCGGGACGAGCGCGGGAGCCACCCCAUCCUCAGCGUCUUCGAGCUGGAGCGGCUGCUGUACACCGGGAAAACGGCCUGCAACCACGCCGACGAGGUGUGGCCAGGCCUCUACCUGGGAGACCAAGAUAUCGCAUCCAACCGGCGGGAGCUGCUGCAGCUGCGCAUCACCCACGUGCUGAACGCCUCGCAUUGCCGCUGGCGCGGCGGCGCCGAGUACUACGAGGGCACCGGCAUCCGCUACCUGGGCAUCGAGGCCCACGACUCCCCCUCCUUCGACAUGAGCCCCUACUUCUACCCCGCCGCUGACUUCAUCCACCAGGCCCUCAACGAAGGGAGGAUCCUCGUGCACUGUGCCGUCGGGGUCAGCAGGUCGGCCACCCUGGUCCUCGCCUACCUCAUGAUCCGCCACCACAUGCCCCUGGUCGAAGCCAUAAAGACGGUCAAGGACCACCGCGGGAUCAUCCCCAACCGCGGCUUCCUGCGCCAGCUGGUGGCCCUGGACAACGCCCUGCGGCUCAAGAGGAGCUCCUGAGGGGACCGUGGGCACCGUGGGGGCUCUGCCCGCCCCGCCCCGCUCGGGCUCUGCCCAUGGCUCGCCCACAGCUCCCCCGGCUCAGGAGGUGCAGCCCAGGCCCUCCACCCGCAGCUCUGCCAGCCAGGGAGGCCUGGCCACGGCCUCCUUCCCAGCCUGCUCGCUCCAAGGCGCCUCCGGGGGGACCCGGCCCCGGCACCCGGCACCCUGUGGCCUCCAGGGAGCCUUCAAGGCUUUGUUGUCCCCCCCUGGCAUGGGUGUCCCUCCCUGCCGGGACACUGCAGCUCUGUGUGUCCCCUGUCGUGUGUCCCGUGUGUUUCUGGUGAUGUCGGGCCUGGUGUGGGCUCAGGCCAGCUCCUGUCGUGGUGUUUGGGUGUUCCCCGUGCCUCGUGUCACCCUGUGAAAAUAAAGGCAGUGCUAAGGAA